AUUCUAUAUAUAUAUUUAAUUUAUACUCGCUUUUAGAUAGCUAAUCUCUACUCACCUUAAAUCCGCUUCAUAUAAAAUCUUAUUUCCUUCUCCAUUUCUUUUCUCAUCUCUAAUUUAAUCGAAUAUAGUACAGCAUAAUAUAUAAUACCAUACAAUAGCUAGCCAUUGUCCCCCAUCUCCUCUUUAAAACAACUAGAAAUGUUCAAACAGCUAUUAAAGUCUGAAAAGUCUUUACUUCCUUCAACUCCCAUGAAGUCUCUAAUCUCAACCCCAAAGAGAUUCUACUCUUCUAGAGCUCCUCCUCCUCCACCUUUUAGAAGAAUUAGAAGAGCACCUUCAAGAGAAGCUCCACGAGUAAGAAUCAUUAACCCCCAUAAUAACAAAUCCUAUGAGAACCAAUCUUACACCAUUCCAAAGCAGCCUGAAGUGUUUGUUCCUGAGGGCAAAAGCGCUACCAUCAAACACUCUGAUCCAAUUGCCACUUUGCUCUCUCAACCAACUCUAGUAAUUGAGAGAAAAAUCGAAAUGAUGAAUGUCUUUUUAGGCCUUGAACAACCAAAUAAAUAUGUUGUAAUGGAUGUCAAUGGUAAUCCUCUAGCAUACAUGCAAGAAAGAGACUUGGGUAUCCUAAAAGCUGUAAUGCGUCAAAUAUAUCGUCUUCACAGACCAUUUUCUGUUGAUGUUUUCGACCUACAGGAUAAUCUUUUAUUGACAAUACAGAGACCCUUUUCUUUUAUAAACUCUCACAUAAAGGCAAUUCUACCAAAUAUACAAAAUCCAUAUUGCAAAAACGAUCAAGAUGGUAUGAUAAUUGGUGAAACCAUUCAAAGCUGGCAUCCUUGGAGAAGACGUUAUAACCUAUUUUUAUCCGAGGAUUCUGUUGGAGAAUCGUUCAAUCAAUUUGGUGAAAUAGAUGCCAGGAUUUUAUCCUUUGAUUUUCCAAUAAAAAAUGAGAAAAAUCAAAUUAUCGGUUCAGUCGAUAGAAAUUGGGUCGGUUUAGGUAGAGAGCUAUUCACUGAUACUGGUGUUUAUAUCUUACGAAUGGAUCCAAUCUCAUUUUCUGGUUUGCCUGAAGAUCAGUAUCCAAAUGUUUCAAAUGAGAAAUUGUCUUUGGAUCAAAGAGCUGUAUUACUAGCCAACGCUAUAAGCAUUGAUUUUGAUUAUUUCUCAAGACAUUCAAAUGCCAAUGGAAUGAUGUCUUUUCAAUCUUAUGAGUGAAUAUGCAACAAAAUCUGAGAAAAUCAAUAAAAAUAUUAUAUAAAUGAUAAAAGCAAAUUGAUGAAAUUUAAAUUAAAAAUAAAUACAACUUUUAUUAAAUUCAUGUAUAUACAAUUCAAACCAUACUAAAUUUUUUUUAAUAAGAAUUAUUGUUUUAUAAACCCUUUUUAUUGAUAAAAAAUAAUGGUA